AUGCCUCAAAAAUAUCUGAUUUUCCUUAUAGUAGUCUUUCAUUUUGCUGUCUCAGAAGACCGAUUUACUGAGGACGAAAGUUACGGAAAUAACAGAAAUGCAAAAAUUUUCUGGCCAUAUUACAACGUCAUGCCAGUAAAAGAUGAUCUUCAUACCCUUUACAAUGAUCUUCCACCAACAAUAGAGGAAACCUUUGAUUUCAUAAUAGUAGGUUCGGGUUCAGCAGGUGCAGCUCUUGCCAACAGACUUUCGGAAAAUCCCCAAUGGAAAAUAUUACUUUUGGAAGUGGGAGACGUGGCGACACCUCUCACAGACGUUCCCGCUAUGGCACCGUUGUUUCAGAAAACCAAAUUAGAUUGGGGCUAUACGGCGGAAAAGGAAAAUGGCAGUUGUUGGGGUUGUCCCAAUCAGCGAAUGCACUGGCCAAGAGGCAGAGCGUUAGGUGGUUCCACAAUAAUAAACUUCAUGAUACACAUCAGGGGCAACAAGUUAGAUUACGACAAAUGGGAAGCCAUGGGUAAUCCUGGUUGGGGUUAUAAGGACGUACAAGAUUGGGAAUACCAUCAAAAAGGUGGGUUCAUGACUGUAUCAGAUAUUCCAUAUAGAACAGAAGCUAUACAUGCAUUUGUUAAAGCAGCACAAGAAAAGGGAUACCCUUAUGUUGAUUAUAACGGUAAAAGUCAAAUGGGUGUAUCCUAUGUGCAAGGUAACAUCAGAAGAGGUUUCAGAUGUAGCGUGGAAAAAGCUUAUUUAAGGCCAAUACGAUAUAGGAAAAACCUAAAAAUCUUAGUAAAUUCAAGAGUAACUAAAAUUCUAAUAGACAAGGAGCAGAAAAAAGCUCAGGGAGUGAUUUUUGUAAGGAAACGACAAUAUUACAAAGUAACAGCCACCAAAGAAGUAAUUCUUUCAGCGGGCGCAUUCAACUCUCCACAACUUCUAAUGCUGUCUGGAAUAGGCCCUAAAGAUCAUUUGGAGGAACUUGGAAUACCUGUGGUACAGAAUUUGCCAGUUGGAAAAAAAAUGUACGAUCAUAUAACAUUCUUGGGCCUAAAUUUCAUAGUAAAUAAACCAAUAAUUACAACCGAAAAAGUUUUCUACAACAUCUCGAAUAUGAUUGACCUUCUGCAAAACGGUAGAGGACCUUUGACAAUGCUCGGAGGUGUAGAAGGACUUUUGUAUUUCAAAACGCAGAUUUCAAAAGAAAAAGCAAAUUAUCCAGACAUGGAAGUUAUUUUUAUAGGCAGUAAUCUGGCAGCAGAUAGAGGUGCUGCGUUUAAAGAUACCUUAAGUGUGAGCGAUGAGCUAUACAAUGCGUAUUGGAAGGAUAUUGAGCAAAUACCAUUUUUCCAGAUAUUUCCAAUGUUGAUUCAUCCAAAAUCUCACGGAUAUCUAAAAUUGAAGUCUAGUAACCCGUUCCACUGGCCUAAGUUUUAUCCACAAUAUUUCACAGACAAGUACAAUGAAGAUAUUAAAACGUUUAUAGCGUCAAUAAGGAAAAUUAUUGAAAUUACUAAAAUGCCUGCUCUACAAAAAUAUGGAUCGAGACUGUACGACAAACCAAUGCCAGGUUGUGAGAGAUACAUUUUCAAUUCAGACCCGUAUUGGGAAUGUGCCCUUCGCACCAUCACUCCCACUCUACAUCACCAAGUGUCCACCUGUAAAAUGGGUCCAGCAACAGACCCAGAAGCUGUGGUAGACCACAAACUAAGACUACACGGCAUUAAAAACUUAAGGGUGGCGGAUACUAGUAUUAUUCCUCUGCCUUUGAGUGCCCACACGAAUAUACCGGCCAUAAUGAUUGGAGAGAAGACUGCUGAUAUUAUCAAAGAAGACUGGUAUUUAGAAGAGCUAGCAAAUAAUAUUGACGUUAGGAAAAUUAAAUUUAAAUAA